GAGGACCCCGUGGCCUGGGGCGUCUCCGAGGAGCUGCUGCGGGACUCCGCGCCGCACGUGCAGUUCAUGGGCGCGCAGACGCUGUACCUGAAGGUGAAGCGCCAGUGGAACACGCUUCCCGACCAGGCAAGCUUCGUGGUGCGCCUCUUCGCUUACUUGCGCGAUUGCUCGGGCGCGCUGCAGGCGCACGCGAUGCUCCGCCUGGCUCUGUGCCUCUCGGUGGUGGCGGUGCGGUCGCUGCUUGCGGGGUGGGCGUCGGCAGUGGAGGACAUCAUUCAGUUCGGGCGUGAUCCUUCGGUGCCGCAGGGCCGCCAGCUGGCCGCUCAGAUGCUGGCCGCGCUGCCCGAGGAGGUCCAGGACGUACCCUCGGUGGGUUACCAGAAGUCAUCGCCGACAACACAGGCCUUGCUUUCCAAGGUGAGCCUUCUGGUGGCCUUCCUGCUGGAGUGCAUGGAGACGCUCGACGCGAAGCCGGGCGGCCUGUGCGAGGCGUCGUUCCAAUGCGUCGUGCAGUGGACGAAGAGCCCCUUGGAGGUGAGGUUCUGCGAGAGCGAGGCCUUCAGCCGGUGCCUGGUGCGGCUGCUCUCCAUGGAGCUGCUCACCGAGGGCGUUCUGGAGGUGUUCAUCGACUGCCUUCAGAACAGCUCGAUGGCGUCCAGCAUUUGGAAGGUGAAGAACUGGCAGACGGAGGUGCCGGGCUGCCGGCUGCUGGCGCAGGGUCCGGAGGGGGCGUGCCUGAGGGCGCUGCUGGACCAACUGCGCGAGCUGCAGCCCAGGCUUGAGCGGCUGUGCAGCGGCUUGGCGAUCGGCGGCGUCGACGCGGAGUCCGAGAGUCGCCUGUGCGCCUGGGCGCGCGUCGUGGUGAUGCUCUGCGAGAGCUACACGCAGCUGCUGUUCGAGGAGAGGAGUGCGACUUCCUCCUGA